UGAUCCGCCCUGUUGAUGUUGACUGAACACUGCUCCUUUAAAAAGCCUAUGAUGUCAUCAUGGGUAGUGCACGUGAACCAGGAAGUGUGCAGCUCAGAUACUGGCUGCAGCCAGCAACGCAACAGUAGCAAGUUGCAUCCCUGCAAGAGGGUCUAUUGAAUUUGCAGGCGUAUUUCAGUGUUAAGUUUCCAUUGGGUUAUUAGUAACAAAGCUUUAUAGAUGGAUUCCCGCAAAGAAGCCCAGCCGAAAGGAGACUUUGAAUGCCAACUAUGUGGGCUAACAGCCCCAUACAGCUAUUAUGGGCAGAAACCCCCAAACACUCAUUCGGUUGUCCUCCUGGAAGAAAGCUAUGUCAUGAAAGAUCCUUUCGUCCCUGACAAGGACAAAUUCCUUAUCCUUGGAUCUCAGUGCAGUUUGUGUAACAGACGGGUGUGUGUGGGCACAGAAUGUAGUCUAUUCUACUCAAAAAGGUUCUGCCUCCCCUGCGUUAAUGAAAACCUACAGGAGUUUCCUUUGGAAAUACGACAAGACUUGGAUAAAAGGAAGUCUCAUUCAAAAUCCCACCCCUCCAAAAAAACAGAUGCAAGAACUUAAAUUAAGAACAACUGGAAGAGACACUGCUCAGAGUGCUUUCCAUGUGUUCAACAAUUGUCUGCCUUCGAACGUAAUCUACAGCCUACCGUACAGAACAGCACAUUACCAGCAAUGUGAAAUUUGUCCUUUGCAAGCUCAGUGACAGUCUUUAGGGGUGAUUUUUAAAGUUUUUGGCAUCUUUUCAUAACUUUAAUUAGUCAUAUCUGGAGGCUGCAGUGAAAUUUGAGAUGCAUUAAAACAUGAACUCCUAUACACCAUUGAGUAAGCUUUGCAUGCUGGAAGCAGUUAAUUGGAGUAUGUUUAGCUAUGUAAAUUUAAAGCACAUUCAACAAUCUACCACAAGAGGGGGAAGUUGCACACAUUGAACAAGACGUGACACUGGUACUUUCAGUAAAACUUAGAUAAUAGUUAGUUUUUUUCACAAAAUGUUAAAUGCCACAUUUUUCCAGGGCAAACUAAUUUCUAGGAUCUGUGCUGAUGAUGUAACAGGAUAUUUAGCACUGAACAAGUGAGCUAGAGCAAAGGUCCAGGCAGAUGUGAUGAUAUAAACUAGAUCUGGGAGAAUAAUGACUUGAUUAAAGUUUUUUCUAGUUACAAAAUGCAAAUGAAUUCAAGCAACUGUUCUGGCUAUUGGUAAUUACCCUCUGGGAUAUUUCAGGGGCUCUCUUCACUGUUAUCCAAAAUAGGGGCCUGACCUUGCGAACACUACCCAGCAUAAGGCCUGAUUCAAACAGUCAUCCCUAUUCAACAAAGGACUUAAGAACAUACUUCAUUUUAAGGAUGUGCUUAAGGGGUUAGCUGAACAGGGAUGACUAGUAUGUCAUUAAAUGCUUUGCUGAAUUGGGACCAUGCUGCUUACUAAACAUAAGUAGUCUCAUUCAUUGCAGAAGCAGCCUAUCACACAAGCGCCAAGGUUUUAGAUAGGAUGCAUUUUUCUAAAUACACUCUUGAUAUUGUUCUUUUAAAAGCUGCUCUCACAGUGCAUAAGUCGUAUUAUGUAAUAAGCAUACUCAGCACGUUUCUUUAUUAGUACAUCAUGUUACCAUGAAAGAUUUGGGCUCCAAUCCUGAAAACACUUGUUUAUAUGCUCAGCUCCACACAUGAGUGGCAUCACUGAAAUCAGUGGGAUUACUCACUAAGCAUUUAAGUGAUUUCUGCACUGGGGCUUGCAUAUCAAAAGCUUGAAGGAAAAACCACUAAGAUAAAGCUCUAUUACAAAUUAAACCAGUUCUAUUGUAGUGGUACGGGAUGUUGCAAAGGAACACGUUUUUUCCAGUGAUACCUAUCAAUCUUUAUCUGACAAAGCUUCAUGAGAUACUAACCUAAGCAAGCCCUGACUCCUGCAAACACUGAUUCACGUGAACAGCUAAGUGAGUAGUUCCACUGAGUUUAGAACAGAGCUAGUCACAUGUGUAAAAGUUAUUCAUGUGUAUAUAAACAUGUAUUUCCAAUUUGGACUUUCAGCUCUUUCUGAUUAAGUGCUGGAUGCAGUCAGCAGAGGGUGGCAAAGCUAUUUGCUAUAAAAAUACAGGACACUUUGUGAUCACUGUGGAUGUGUCUUAUCACCAAGAAAAUCAAACACCAUUCGUGAUGCACCACUCAUUAAAACUUGUGAUCCAAUUUUAAAAAAUAUUUUAUUUUUAAACCAUUAAGGCAAAACCAUAGCUUUAAAUUAACCAUCUUUACAUUCAUCAGUCUUACAGUAUGACUUUUUAAGCGCAUAUGGUUCUUACAAGUCAUGACACAAUCACUAAUCAGCUCAAUCCCUUAUUCUUAAGGAGAGAAAAAUCAGAAUGUAAAAUAAAAAUUAGAAAAAAAUAACUCAAUUUACAGGCCUGUUUCCAGUCUGUUGAUUCUAGAACAAACAUUCAGGAUCCAUUAUAUUUAGUAAUUAAAAAACUUGUUUUUGUUGCUUGUAGAAGUGCAAAAGACCUCUUAACUUUGUCUUUCCUACAAGUCCCUAUGCUACCAGGGCUUUCCAUUCCCUCUUAAAACAGCACCUGCACCGUUGUGACUAAAAAGUACUAGGGGAUUUAACCUGAGUUACUGGUACUUUACAGGAAGACAAUCACUCCAUGAUAAUUAUUUUUGACUCCUCACCACUAAGCAAUAUCUGCUACUGAUGAGUUUGAUACAUUUUUCACUACACUUUUGUAUAUUAAAUACAAGUAAAAGGCACCCAAGAAAAGUUCCAGACAACUGGAAACCCUGACAUAAAAUGUUUUUUUACAUCUAUAUUUGUGCUGAGUUAACCACUUAUGACCCCCCACAGGUUAGGAUUUUAAUUAACGGCAGCAUUGACAAAAAAAUGAUAUUUUUUUUUGUGCCGCGUUGGAUACUAUAAGGUCAUUCUAAAAAAAUUAAAAUGACCACCACUAUGCAAGUACAUUGGUGUGUUACAUUAAUAAAAAAAUAAUUCAGCAGCUGUUUCUACUCCAGUUUCACUACUUUUAAUCUGCAAUUUAGAUCCUUUGAGAAGUCAAUAAAACUGAUCUUUAGUGUUUGACAACAUUUCUUUUGUGAAAUCAGUAAUAUUACAACUUUGACUAUUUCUCUGUAAUUACCAGGGCUGCCCGGGGGGGCGGGGGCAAGUGGGGCAAUUUGCCCUGGGCCCUGCAGGGGCUCCGCAAGCCCUGGCCCUGCAGUGGUCCGGGUCUUCGGCGGCAUUUCAGCAGCAGGGGGCCCUUCAGUGCUGCCGAAGACGCGGAGCGACUGAAGGGCCCCCCGCCGCCAAAGACCCGGACCACCACCGGGUGAGUACAAGCGCCGCAGCUCCCCCGCUUUGCCCAAGGCCCCCUGAAUCCUCUGGGUGGCCCUGGUAAUUACCAAGGAAAUAAAUCAAGGCUUAAAUGUUCUCUUUCACUUCUGCAAGCUAAGGGGAAUACUUAGUAGCUGUCUGUGGAUCAAGGACAUAGAGAUGGAAUCCUGGCUCAUCAGCAAUGCUUCCCUCACACACUCACCCUGUGGGAAUCAACUCCAGGAGUGGGAAUGCAUGAAAGCCUCUUUCCAUGGCAUCAUUCCCCCCUUAACCCAUUAAUGGUGGCUGGUUGAGCAUUAGCCACCCUGAUUAGUAAAAGCUUCCCGAGUCGAAAUGCUGGGGAAUUUGGGGGGGGGGGGGGGUGUGUGUGUGUGUGUGUGUGUGUGUGUGUGUGUGUGUGUGUGUGUGUGUGUGUGUGUGUGUGUGUGUGUGUGUGUGUGUGUGUGUGUGUGUGUGUGUGUGUGUGUGUGACACCAUUCUGCUUUACUGUGGAAAUCAGGAGGCAAUACAAAGAGGUGGGGCCUCCAUAAAGGCUUCCAUGUGGCAAAAUAUACCUAUACUAGGUAAAUAUAUCAGCAGUAAAAGUACAGCUAUGAUGUAUUUGAAGUUGACUUGUAUACAAAUCCAGCAAUUUUGUUUCAGAAAUCUUACAAAGUCAAGUUAGGGGGAAAAGAAUAAACAACAGAGAGUGGAUACUUUUACUGAACUCAUAUGCAGUCAAUUAGGAUGCCCCAUUUGCUUACUGUCAGUGUUUCAGCUGGUUAACAUUGUUCCAAACCCAAGUACUGUAGCCUCCGGGAGGUAAACGAUAACAUUCCGAGUCACCACAUAAUCUUUUACAGUAAUCAUAAAUCAGGAUUUGUCAAAUGUGUGUAACAAUUUGAGCCAACAUGCAUAUCAAGAGCAGCAUAUACUCCAAAAUGCUUAAAUGACAUUAAAUAAAUUGGGCCAAAUCUUGCAAUCCUUACUUAGGGCAAGUCCUGCAACUAAUAUUCCUGUGAGUAGUCAUUACUUAGGCAAGUAGUCCUAAUGGGUACAAGCUUCUCACAUUGUUGAGGAUUGGGACCUUGGUGUUUACCUUGGCAAAUCAGCAAGACUGAAGGAUCUGGCCCUGUGUCUUCAGCAUUAGCUAUUCUGUUGCUCCAUUACAUCUUUCCCUGCAAUUGUGAUCUCACAGGGAGACAAAUUUAAGAAAGGUAAAAGAGGCCAGGAUUGAAAUAGAUUAAGAAACUGAAAGAAGCCUUAAUAAAACUAUUAAACACAUUGAUAUUGCUUAGAAAAGCACCUUGCCCCUGGGAUGGUUUUAGUUAACAGGAAAACACAUCUAUUAUACAGUUGCAGUAUAACAUGACAUAGCUAAUGUAGGUUUUACUUUACUGCUGCCACAGACUGUUAAUCCAGUGCAGAAAAAAUAGAUUACCAAAAGAAAACUUAGUAUAUCUUUUACAAAUAAGUUCUUAAUAGAAAUUUGACACAUCGAUGAACACAGAGAACUUGGAUGAUAAUAUAUCAUCUACAAUUUUAAAGUUGCAUCAACAUUAUAAGAUGUGAUAUUAUGUACUGCAAACAAAACAGCAACAAAUAUAAAUCAUGGCUAGAACAAUUAGAACAUACUGUGCUUGUCCUGGGUGUCAUUUUUGAAUUCUUCAGAAUAAAAUUUAACCAUUACAAAUAAUUAACUUCGUGUCUAUGGCCUGAUCCUGCAUCAGGAUUUGCUAGAAGAGAUCCAUGCAAACAUGGAAUUGUACCUUAGUCACAGGAUGCAGAAUCAGGGCCUAUAUAUAGAUUGUCUUAGUCUAUAUCAAAAGCAGUGGUUUUCAGCCUCCCUGGGGUCUGCAGACUAUGUCUAAGGGGUCUGUGAAAGGUUGUCUUUACCAUAGAACAUGGUUUUCAACUUGUGGUCAAUGGACCACUGGGGGUCCGCAGACUAUGGCUAAGAUUUCCAAAGAGGUCCAUACCUCCAUUUGAAAUUUUUUAGGGGUCUGCAAAUUAAAAAAAGGUUGAAAACCACUGAUCUAAAGUAUUGGAAAAAAGGAAUGUUCCUACAGAAAAAUUAACAAACAACUUCCAAGUUAUUGCAUAUUUUAAUUACUUAGUUUUCAUUGUAUAGUCAAACAGUUACAUAUUUUGAAGUGUCUAAGAAAUCAUAGUUCAACCUCAGUGUGGGUGGCACCAAAAUUAUUUUUUAUAUAAACAAACAAUAGGAGAGCUUUAUUCCUGUAAAGCCAAAAAUCAACUUCUCACAAAAUUUAAGUAUAAAUUAUGAGAGAAACUUAGGUCUACAGGAAUUGUAUAGAAACGACCUCUCUUUAGUUUUCCUACUAGGCUUGUAAUUAAACAAAGUACUGCAGGCAAUGGAAAGAUGAAAGUGGUUCUGAAGUCCACCCUACACCUUGGCGAGUUUGAGCCCCAAACCUUAAUUAUGUUAACAAAAUAUUUUACAGCUACAGUUUAUCCUGUGCCAGACUUACUUGUAUCAAAAGAGAAAUAAAAGGAAGUCUACAUUCUACAUACAAAUAUUUUCAAACCUUGUUUACAACUGCAAAUGCUCAUGCACUGAUGUAUCCCAAAGUUUUGCACAACACUUGCCCUCCACCACCCUGUGAACUACACUUUGGAGCAAUGAGGUGCUCCAAGUGAUGCCUCAUCAGCCAAAUUAGUAACGGAGCAGCUGAACUCUAUAAGGAGACUGUCUGAGUAGUAUAAGAAGGAAGCUACCCACGAGUGUUCUCUCUUUGGGGAAGGCUUGAGAUCUCCACAGAUUAGAAAAGAUCCUACACGAGGAAGAGCAGGGGGGAACACUCAGCUGGGGCUUGGAAGUAGUAGGGAGAAGCCUGAGGGAAACUAUCAGGGAAGAGGGACCAUAGGAGAAAUCCUAUUAGCUCUGCAAAAAGAGCUGGUGGGUGCCUCUGGACAGAAAAGGCCUGCAGCUUCUGGGGAGGGAGUAGGAAGGCAGAAAGUCCUUUGAAAAGGAGUAAGUUUGUGGGGAGGGAAAUAGCUGACGCAGGCAAUUUGGAACAAGAAACCGAUAACCCCAGUGUGGAUGGGGAACAGCAGGCAAUGCUGAGGUGGCAGGGUGGCUCAUGACUGUUUCUCGGUGAGAGAAGAACAAGAGUCCAGAGAGACAAACUAUUGGCUGAGACUGUGUUAGUUUCUGUUUAAUUAUUGGAACCCUCUGGAUGAGGGCUCUAAAAUGGUAAAAGUCUGGCUCAGGACUGAUUUAUACAGAUGGAGUGGAAACUGAGGCAGAGUCCAGGGCAAGGGAGCAUGACAGUCCUUUAUAUAGUUUGUGGCAAUUAAGUCCACAAACAAAUUAAUAGCAUCUUUAACUUGAGACCUUGCGGCCUUUACUCAUAAAAGUUUUCACUUUGUGACUAAGGGUUUGCAAAUCAGGUCCAUAGUGGUUCACUUAAAUAAUUGACAUUUUCUUUAAAGCUUUUGUGGUAUAAUUUACUAAAAGUUUGUCUUGCAAUUAUAUUUGUAUAUUUUACAUAUGGAAGUUUAAAGAAACACUAUCACAUUCAGUUUAAAAACAAAAGACAAAACUGAACAAUACCAGUAAUCUUAGUUCAAACUUCAUAUUGUAAUUUUAACCAUUCAGUACCUGAUGGUUAACAAACCUGAUUAAGCACAGAUAUUCAAAUUUGAAUGUGGUUAUUAAAAUAGCACUGAGGUAAGUUACAGGCAAGCCUCAGACUGUGCCUUUCAAUUCAACAAGCCUUAAUAAAGGAUUAUGGCUUUGAAUGAAGUACCAAUUUUAUGACAUUCAACAAUUCAUUAUUUUAUUAUAAAAAUAGUACAAUGGCUAUAAAUGCAUUUAAAUAACUGAUUUUUUUCUUUUUUAAAAACUUUGAGAUAGAAGCUUUGUGACUGAAAAUUAAGGGACAAACUGAGCUGAAACGGAAGAGGACCAGAAUAAUGUAGGUAGCUGCAAUGCAAUCUUCUCCAACUGCUUUGUCUAAGACUUCUUACCGUAAAGCUGACCACUAGAAAUGAAAGACAACACAGAAAUGCUAGUUCAGUGUGCGACCUAAUUCUAGCAAUGAGUAAACCUUCACAGAUUUAGUAUUUAAGAUAAACACACAUUUAGAUACUUAUCUUAACCCCUUGAGUUUACAAACUUGUGUUAGAAAUCUCAUGAGAAUGGACUCUGGUACAAUUGCUGGUAUUUCCUAAAUCUGUUUGGGCCAGAAAUAGUGCAAACAAGCUCUUUGGCAGGAUUUCAACAUUUUAGCAGCUGGUUGGCACCAGAAACCCAAAGGCACAGGAAAAUGAAAAUUAAGGCACUUUUAAAUGCCAAAAAAGUUCAGUUUGAGUAAAUGGAAAACAUUCUGAUUGGUCGUCAUUUUAAUUUUAGUGCAUUUAAAAUAGAGAUGGGCUCCUGAAAUUAAGGGAUAUGUGGAUAUCCACAAGUAACUUCAUUUGUAUUAAUGAGGGUUGCAUGCACUCACUUUGAAAUUAGAAUAAAGCUUUAAACAGAAUAACCAAAUGAAUUAAAAUUAAGGUUAUACAAUUUCCCCUAGAACCUGCUGCUAGUCAGAGUAAUGAUGUAUCAAACAGGCCAGCAAGACUGUAAUAGUGUUCUCUUUUAAAUAAGACCACUCUCUUGUAUAGAAUUGAUUUUUUUAAAAAAACCCUAACACUUGGAUGUUUUGACUCCUUUGUGCAUGAUGAAAGUUGCUCAGGAAUCUGUUAGCACUUAGUCCAAACUGUAAACUUUCACAAAAGCCAUCUUGAAAAUCUAAUUUGUUAGUGUCUACUGUGAUAAUCUGUUGAGGUUAGGGUGACCAGAUGUCCCGAUUUUAUAGGGACAGUCCUGAUUUUUGGGUCUUUUUCUUAUAUAGCCUCCUAUUACCCCCCACCCCCUGUCCCGAUUUUUCAUACUUGCUGUCUGGUCACCCUAGUUGAGGUAGCUGAGCUAAAUCUGUGAAAAAUGUAAUGCUAAAAUAAAGUUCUGUAUAUCAAUACUAAAUUUACAGUUGA